AUGACCGCAAACAUCGAAUCGCGAUGGAACCCAAUGCGACGAUACAUGUUAAGCUCGACUGUGGAGGAAAUCGACCAAACCACCCAGCCCCCAGCGGAAACCAAGUCAAAGACAUGUAUAGCGACCGUUGAUCGUGUGCCAAGUUGGCCUGAGGAAGCCAGACCACUUAAAAAGCAUACUUGGUUAUCAUACGUCUACGGCGUCGGAGACGUCCUAUUGGUACUGUUGCCAAUAUACUUCAUACUUCUCGGAGUCGCAGUCAUCACACUUAAUGGCAGGCCUACCAAUGGUUCUGCAUUCGGCAAAAAGGUCGAAGUUGCCAUGGAUCUCGGCCCUACAAUGUUCCCCAUCAUCUUUGCGGCUAUCAGUGGACGAAGCAUGAAGAUGGUCGCACGAUAUUUGGCAGAAAAAGGCACGAAGAUAAGUACACUAGAAUUACUCAUGGCUAGCCAGUCCGUGUGGGGAACCAUCGAAAGCCAAAUGGUUAUGCAACGCCUCACCAUAGUGGGAGUCAACCUUCUAUUCUUAUGGGCUUUAUCGCCCCUCGGAGGUCAAGCCUCUCUUCGAAUUAUGAAGAGGCAUGAUCGAGAUAGCUUUUCGGCCGCCAAACUCCGCUAUACGACGACUGGACCAGGUGGGACCAUGUGGGGACUUUCGUCAACCUACGUGGGGAGCGGAAAGUUUGCCGACGCAGGAGCGUUGUAUACUGCGGCCUUGUUGGCGCCGGUGGAGACAAAGGUAGGACCGAGAGAUCCUUGGGGUAACGUCAAGAUCCCCAACCUAGAGUAUCUCAACAGCACCAAACCCGACGCAGGAGGCUGGGUGGUGGUCCCUCAGAUAGGAGAACCGGAGCUUUACUCAUCUUUGGUUGGACUGCCUUUGGUCGGACUUCCAUCAAACGACAAGUCGAACUUCACGAUGGAAUCGACUUACCUCACAGUCGAAUGUGGACGCUUCACUCAAGCGCCUUACCCAGGGGCCAAUAAUGAUACUAACAACGGCAAAACAGAUUUCAGGAAACUGGACGAGCUCGUACCCGGCCAAGUAUGGUCUAACAAAUCUAAGAAUAACCCGUUCGAGCCAUCGGAGGGCCGAAGUACGUCCUUCUUUAUCGACACCAACCUCGGUUCACCCUGGGUUCCCGAGGAUCCUAUGUAUGAGACUUUACUGGGGCGUCUAGAUGGGUUCGUCGGCCAUUACAACUCGUCUCGUCUGAGUAGUGAGCAAGUGGGAACGCAACGAGAGCUCAUAUACACCUCGAUAUAUGCGACAAGUAAAGAGAGUGGGAAGUUCGGGUUGAAUAUCGCGCGAUGCAAGGUGGCCCAGAAGCAUGUGGAGUCCAUGAUAGAGUGCGUUGGUGGGCAGUGUAUAGCUAAGAGAGUCAGGAAGUCGCUCACAGACACAAGGCCUUCAGCGCUCACAGCCUUUGAGCACGGUCUGGUCAUGCAAGGCUUCGCGCAACAAUUUCCGAUCGCGGUCACCUUCAGCGUUGGCUCGAGUCCAACGGAGCAAUUCCUGGCGAACACUUCCACCUUCCCAUUCGUGCAGCAGGCUGGCCAUCUUACUGAAGACACUUGGUAUACGAAUGUAUCUCUGAUUGAACCCGAGAUCUUCUCUCGACGACUGAGCUUGGUACUGAAUACUUACUACCAACUCACAACUCAACCGACCGGUUACUUCGGGAGCUUAUCCAAAAAUUUGACUCUCUAUGGACCGGACACGCUACCCGUCACUGAUAUCGACAAGUAUCUCCCAGCCAAUUUCUCCGCGACCAACAACUCUUUCUUUGAUUGGUGGCCAACCUUCGACGCGGCGGUGCAGCGUAGUGACUCUCCGUUCAUAGGCGCGACAACAACGGCUACAGUAACGAGCACGGUAGAAAUCUUUGCCUGUAAUACUGCAUGGCUCUCACUCCUGAUGGUAGCAUCGGUUGUCAUCUUCAUCACCGGAGCUGUUGCGUUGGCACUCAAGCAUCGAACACUCGGGCCCGAGGUGUUUGGAUUUGUUUCAAGCAUGACCUAUGAGAAUCCAUGGGUCAGAAUACCACGCGGUGGAACGAUGCUGGAUGCAAUGGAACGCGCAAGACUCCUAAAAGAUGUCGAAGUGCACGUCGGAGAUGUGCGCGGCGAAGAAGACAUUGGUCACAUUGCUUUUUCAGCGGGUGUACCCUUGCGCAAGUUGGAACGAGACCGCCUUUACUACUGA